GCUGUCGAUGUAACAUUCCAGAACAGUGGCUGCAAAAUUUCCAUUUUCCAGAAUACUAACUUAAAUGCUAAGCUUUCUUUCUGGCUCGCAUAAUAAAUAAAGAAGAUAUACUCGGGAAGGAGAAGCCAUGGGUCUCGUUCGUGAUCGAUUCAAGUUCCACUUCCGCCGCUCCUCCUCCUCCAUCCCGACGCCAUCUCCACCGACGCCGCCUACCGCCGUUAAAUCGACGGAUCCGCCUCCGGAGUUUCUCUGCCCCAUAUCCGGCGCUCUCAUGGCGGACCCCGUCAUCAUACCUUCUGGCGAGACAUUCGAGCGCGCCUGCAUCGAAGUUUGUCGAGACCUCGCCGUCUCCCCUCCUUCGCUUUCGCUCGAUCUAUCUUCUUCCCUGAUUCUCAUACCCAACUCCGCCCUCCGCUCAGCCAUUCUUCGCUGGUGUGACAUCGCCGGCAUACCCCGUCCCACCCCCCUAUCUUCUGACGUUGCCAACCGCUUUCUUUCCUCCUCGAAUUUCAAGCCGCAGAUAAACUGUUCGGAUGAAUUACCCAACGAAAACAGCUCCCCCAUCACCUCCUCCUCCUCCUCUUCCUCCGACCACUCCUCAUCCUCAUCUUCGUCUUCCGAAAUCAUCGCCCCCAAAACCACAAAAUUAGAAACCCCGGAAACCCCUCCCCCCGCGGAUCCGCUCGAAGAAAAGAUCUUGGUCAAACUGAAGUACGCCCAAAUCCAGGAACAGGAGACCGCACUAAAUUCGCUCCUCGAAGCUACGAGAGAGUCUGCCUCCCGGCGCGUUGCCCUCGGAAGCCCCCGCCUUCUCAGUGCGCUCCGUGGCCUACUUCUCUCCCGCUACCCCUCCGUCAAAUCUAGCGCCCUCGCCAUCAUCGUCAACCUCUCCCUCGAGCCGGUUAACAAGAUCAGCAUCGUCCGCUCGGGUGCAGUCCCAGCUAUCGUCGACGCGCUACAGUCUUCUUCAAGAGAGAACGCGGCGGGCGCUUUGUUCAGCCUGUCCUUGGAAGAACAGAACAGGACGGCGAUUGGGGUUCUUGGAGCAGUGCCGCCGCUGCUGCGCCUCUUUUGCGAUUCUAAUGAGAAUUUGCGAGCGAGGCUUGAGGCAGGAAUGGCCCUGCACUAUUUAGGUUUGGCGGAGAUGAACAUGGCGAAGAUUGCGAAGAUUGCAGGGGCGGUGAAGGGGUUAAUAGCGGUGGCGAAGGGGGAGGAAAGGGAGUUGAGAAUCCUGGCGAAGAGAGUGAUGGCGGGGAUGGUGGAGAGCAAGGAAGGGAAGACGGCGAUGCUGGAUGGUGGGGCCGUAGAGGCGGCGGUGGCGUUCUUGAGUAAAGAAGAGGAGCAAGACGAAAAGGAGAUGGUGGUGACGAUGCUGUACGGAAUGAGCAUGGGAGGAUUUAGAUUUAGAGGAAUAGCAAGGAAGGCGGGGGCGGAGGAGGUGAUCGAGAAAGCGGCGGAGUGUUUGGAAAACGAGAAGAAGGAGAUGGCGAGGAUGACGCUUAGGGUAAUAAGGGGAGAUGAGAGUGAUAAAGAUGUGGCGAGGAGUUUUUGGCCGACGUCGGAGGAGGAGGAGGAAAGGAGUGCUUCGUCGGAGACGCUGGUGGCUCGCCGGAGGAGGAACCGGGAUUCUGGUGGCGGUUCAGCUCCUAAUUCAGCCGGGUUCUGAAUUCCGGUUUUCUGCUUUUUGCUUUUUUAACGUUAUUAUAUUUUUAUUAGUGGAUGUUGUGAAAAGUUGGGAUGAUCGCAUUUUAAAUUUGUGGCUAUCUUAGAUAGGUAGGUAAAAAAUUUUGAAUGCAAAUUUUAUUUAAAUUAAUUAAAUAACAGACGGAUGGACCGCCAGGUUGUGUGGAUUUUGAAAAAAA